CUCCUGGUGCUCUUGCAAGGGAACCCAUUUCCAUGGGUUUUGUAUUUGCAUGGGCUUUUUGUUUUUUUUUUAACUGGUUGGAGCUUCAUCUGUGUUAUUUGUGUACUUUCUCAGAAAAAGCUUGUGGCGAAGGGGGGCAAAAAAAAGAAGCAGGUUCUGAAAUUCACCCUUGAUUGCACUCACCCUGUAGAAGAUGGAAUCAUGGAUGCUGCCAAUUUCGAGCAGUUUCUCCAAGAGAGAAUCAAAGUGAAUGGAAAAGCUGGAAAUCUUGGUGGAGGUGUUGUGACCAUUGAAAGGAGCAAAAGCAAGAUCACUGUAACAUCUGAGGUGCCUUUUUCCAAAAGGUAUUUGAAAUAUCUCACCAAAAAGUAUUUGAAGAAGAAUAAUCUACGCGACUGGUUGCGUGUAGUCGCUAACAGCAAAGAGAGUUAUGAAUUACGUUACUUCCAGAUUAACCAGGAUGAAGAGGAGGAGGAAGAUGAGGAUUAAAACUCUUUUAUCUGGAAUAUUUUGUAUGAGUUCUUGAAUAAAACUUGGGAACCAAAACAGUGGUUUAUCCUUGUAUCUCUGCAGUGUGACUCGAACAGAGAAUGGGAACCAUGGCAGAUGGGCUUUAUGGGCUUCCACUCGCUUACUUGUGAUUACCUUUUCUUUUCUGCUUGGAAAUUUCAUUUCUUACAGUAGUAACCAAAGUAGGAGGAGAAGGCUGAUGGAAGGGCACUAAGGAGUGUCCAGCACUGAGCAGUAGAUUGAGGGUGUGGAGAUGCAAGCUUCACUUGGUCUCUAUUUUAUUUUUAAAAGUACAAUUGUAUUUGGUUAUUUUCUCAAAGGAAGAUUGAGGGACUCAAUGUGCGGUUUCUCAUUCAUUAAAAACAAAACUAGUGAUAUUGUUCUAAGAUCGCCUUGUGGGAAAUGGCAGUGUCAAUGACAUGCGGGUUUCUAGACUUCUGUCUUCAUUUUAAAUUACAAAUUACUUUUAAUGCUCACAACUAUGUACGCUAAUCCUUUUUCUUUCUAUGCCAAUAAAAUGUAAUCCUUUAGCUUUGCUGUGUUCUACCCUUCACAAAAGGGUUUGGAGAGCAAUUGUAUAAAAAUGAAUUUGUAAAUAUUUCUACAAGUCUUUGCCACAGACUGUCACUCUGGCCUCCAGCAGAGGGAGCUGGAGACAUCAAUAGAGUGGCAAUCUGUGAGUUCCCUAGAGGGGAGCCAUUUGAUGCCCAGGGCUCCAGAGGAUUGCUUGGAGUGGGGCUUGAGAGGCCAUUGGGGAAUGUUUCUUGCUGAGGAUUUGGGAAUUGCCCAGGAAAUAGUUGUUUCUACACCACAUAAGACCAUGACUGGACUUCAUGUCUAAAGUCCCCAGUGGUAGAAGAGUUGAUUAACAUGAAUAAAGCCCUGGGUUCCAUCCCCAAUAUCACACAAAAACUCCUGUGAAAUGGUAUGUCUGCUUGGGAUUUCGUGUCAAAUGUAUGCAGAGGCUAGGGGACUUGAUAAUGGGAAGGGCAUCAGUGGCCACAUCAUUGAAAGAGCCUGAUAACAAUGAAACCUUCUGAAAUCCAAACAAUUCUGCACAAGUGUCUGCCUUGUUGUAAUUAUGCUGUAUAAAAAUUCAUGUUUUAAAGAGCUGACCUCCACCUGAUUUCCAUACCUGAAAUGACAGCUCUCUGAGCUGCACAGCUGGAAAUUAAAUGUCCAGGUCCCACCAUGGCUCCAAUUUAACAUUUGGUGCUUCUUGGAUUGAGCUUAACAUGUUGAGGUUUUGCAAUUUCACUUGUGGCAAAGGCUCUUGCAUUUUCUAUUUCUAUGCAAAUUUCUUGAGGCAGAAUUGUUUGCACAUUUCUCCUCUGCCCUCACAGAAGGCAGCAUUUCUUUCAAACCUAACAGAGGCAUCAGUUGCUCUUUGGCUGUGUCCCUUACCAUGAUUAUUAACUUUAUAUGUGUGUGACUUGGGUUUGCAAAUUUGUUGCAUAGCGUUUCCAUGUAGUAAUUCUUAGUUUGGCUGUUAAAAAAAUUAACCCUGGACUAAGAUUAGCGGUUUUUUUUAAAUGGUCCUCUGCAAUUUUAAGAAGUGUAAUAAAAUUGAAAUUCACUGGUUUUUCUAUGCCUUUUUGAACUCUUGUAAUUGAGUUUGAUCACGUUUUAUAUUAAAGAGGCUAACACAUGA